CGAACUGCCCCCCAAAUUUGCGAAAAAAAUAUCAAUCAACAAAGAAAGACAAUAUGGAAGAAGUAGACAGUGUUCUCGUUGACAACGUAAAGUCCUUUGCAUCUGGAGGAUUCGGUGGUAUCUGUGCCGUAUUAACUGGGCACCCAUUUGAUUUGGUCAAAGUUCGUUUACAAACUGGGUUGUACAAUUCAUCGAUUGAAUGUGUCAAACAAACAUUGGUAAAGGAUGGACCUAGGGGAUUGUAUCGUGGUGUAUUACCUCCACUUAUUGGGGUCACACCAAUGUUUGCAGUAUCCUUUUGGGGUUAUGAUAUGGGGAAAAAGAUUGUAGCAGGCUACACUGGAAAGUCUACCAGCGACUUCACUAUUGGUGAGAUUUCUACUGCUGGGUUUAUCUCUGCAGUUCCCACCACGUUGGUUGCUGCCCCAUUUGAAAGAGUCAAGGUUAUGAUGCAAGUGCAAAGUGGUGCCAAGAAGUCAAUGGCUUCAGUUGUAGGAGAAAUGUAUCGUACUGGUGGGAUUAAGUCCAUUUUCAAAGGUUCAGCUGCGACUUUAGCCAGAGAUGGUCCAGGUUCUGCAUUAUAUUUUGCCACUUAUGAAUUUUUGAAGCAAAAGUUACUGAAGCCUGGUGAAGACAUGUCAUUAUUGGCUAUUUCAACUGCUGGUGGAUUUGCUGGUGUAUCGAUGUGGUUGGGUGUUUUCCCAAUUGAUACAAUCAAAUCUAAGCAACAAUCCUCUAAUGUCAGCGUUUCAAUCGUACAAACCACAAAGAAUAUCUACCGUUCAGGUGGUAUCAAGGCGUUCUUCCCCGGUGUUGGACCAGCCUUGGCUAGAUCGUUCCCUGCAAAUGCCGCUACUUUUGUCGGAGUUGAGCUUGCAAGAAACUUUUUGGACAAGACUUUGUAGGAAUUAGAAAAGAAAUAAGAGUAUUUAUUUAUAUUUAUUGAUGAUAUAACGACAUCUUGAUA